CCAAUUUUACUCAUGUUUAAGUCUCAAGAGAAUUUAAGUUAAAUUGUUUUUAUUCUGUUUAAAUCAAUACUUUAUGAUGAUUCGUGCUUAUGAUGGUUCGGUUUUCGGUAAACAUUUGUUGUUACACAAGCUUAAAAAUACUAUAUUUAUCAUAUCGAUGAUGAUCUUCAACUAAGUACUGAAUACUGUUUUUUAAAAUCAUCUCUUACAGUUACGGUUGUGGUGCUUCAAAUUAAAUACUGCUAUCUUUUAAAAUAUAUUUACAAUUUCUGAAUUGCCAUGAAGCUUCAAAUUUAGAAGUUGCUUUCAAAUUUAAAUUUCGAACUUAUAAAUUUCAAUGAAUUACGAAAUACUCGCUACAAUCAAUAAUUUUAAAUCUCUCCUUAAAUCAAUAUGAGAAGCUGACGUUGCCCGAAACAUGGCAAGGGAUCCAUUUAAGAUCAGAUGUUCUGUACCGCAACCAAAACAGCCUGUAUUUUUGACUGAACAUGAGCUACAAUGUAUCACUUCUCGUUCUCAGUUUCUACAAAGGAAGAAAGAAGAGGAGGAAAUUCGUGCUGCCAAACUAAAAGCGAUGAAGGAAAGUUCCAAAGAAUUAACAAAAGCCAUCGUGAACAGGAAAGAAGCUGGCAGCAAAUUAAAAAAGCGGCAGUAUGAAAUGGAAAUUCAAAGUGCCGUGCGAGAAUUCGAGAGGGAGGCGAAAAUGAAAGCUAGAAAAAAUGUUGUUCUUAAUCACGCAUACAAGCGCCUAUUCGAAGAGACCGACCGCGUGAAGAAUUUCAAAACGGCCAAGAACUUAGCAGUGGCCUUGAAAGAACGAGAUGAUCAGAUCGCUGCUAAGGCAUCACUAAAAGAUGAGUUUGAAGAGUAUGAAGCAAGAUAUCUCUUGGGAAUGUUAAAAGAUGUGGAAAAAUACUAUGACGAACAGCAAGAACAGAUGAUGAAAGAGAAACAAAACAAGCUAAAGAAUGCUUCAAAUUGGACAAAACAGAAGGACGAGGCUUCGAGAAAGAAAUCAGAAGAACAGUGGGAAAUCCUUAGAGAUGGACUUCUAAUUAGAAGUGCUGCUGAGGAAGCUGAAGAAGAGAAGUUGAAGCAACUACGGGAAGAAAAAGAACGAAUUCAAAUUUACAAAGAAAGGCUGGAUGAGCAGAUUAAAGCGAAACGUGCUCUUCUUGAAGUGCACCAAAAACUGGAUGCAGCAGAGGAGCAAAAAGCGGAACUCUUCAACGAAGCCAAACGAGAAAUGAUAUCAGAACACAAAAGGGUUCAAGAAAAAAUGAAUAAAGCUAAAGACAGUCGUAGAAAUCGAGUAGCUCAGACUUUGACUGACCAAAGCGUUACUCUAAAAGCAAAGGAAGAAGCCAUGUUGCAGAAAGCUACAAUGGAAGCAGAAAAGAAAUAUCGCGAAGCAAGUGCUAUCAAGGAGAUAGAGCUUGCAGAAGCUCAAGCUGCAUUCAAGAAAUUCUACGAACAAGAAAUGGCAGCAAAAGAAAAACGAAAAAUAGAUGAAUUACUGCAGGGAUAUCAAGAACGCAGAAAAAUCAUGGAACUCGUAGAAGAAAGCGAAAAAUUGGAAGAUGAGAAAACGCGCGGACGUAGAGAUUUGGAAAAAGAAAUUCAACACUUACAAAUGCACCAAAUUGAGAAGCGCCAAUGUGAUAGAAGUGCAGAAACGCUAGAAGACAUCAAAGAUUAUAUGAAUCAUAUGAGGAGUUUGGACGAGGAAGAAGAAAUUUUUCAGAAAUAUGCUGAUAUUGAAAUCAAGGAUUGUGAAGUUAGAGGUAUUGAUACCUAUCCCAUGCAGAAAGCUGCGAGACCAGGUGUUGAAUGUGGAAAAGGUCCAUUUUAUGCAAACAGAGGAAGCAUCAGGCCUAAAUACUAUGCCUCAGUUGCAAAUCCCGAUGAACUCAGUCACAUAAAGAGGCCGCAAGAUAUUCAAGAUACAAAAUCGAGACUCGGUUUUAUGUUGCCAUGAAUUUCAAAACUGUUCUCCCUUUAAAAUUUAAUUUAUUACAAUACUUUUACAGAGAGUUUUCGUAAAUAAAUCAAACAGUUAUGUGAACAUCAAAAAUUAAGUUAUUUGGGAAAAAGGGGGGCACAAAUUGCAAUUUUAUCACAGCUACACUUCUUUCCAUUUCAGUUCAUUUAUUUGUUACAUAUGCGUUAUCAACAACAAGCAUUUAGAAUUUUUUAAUAAUUUUUAAGCGUUGGAGUUAAGAGGCACCUUUUUUCCCAUCAGUGUU